AUGAUAUUAAGCAAAGGUUUGAAAAGUGUCCACGGCGGCACCCUCCGAGUCUUCCUCUCCUCCGACCCCGACCAGCCUCCCACACUUGUGCUUCGAGCUCGAGUGUCGCUCUACUCCAUCCUGCAGCCCAAGGCGUCAGCUGCUGCAUUCUACGUCGGCUUCACAGCGUCGUCUACCGCUGCCCCACAAGCACACUCCGUCCUCAGCUGGACCUUCACUGCAGGUGUGUGCCACUCAGACCUAGCAUUGGGGUUCGUGUUGGAUGAGGACUCCUCAUCGCGGGGCUUCAAUGCUGCCUUCCACUACGCCUGUGCGGGCUUUGACCCCGCGCAGGACAACAGCCCCGCGUGGACUUUCAAGUCCUACAGCGCCUGGGUCUUGCCUGAAUCCACCUGGCCUGUCAAGAACCAACGGGGCUGUGGUGACUGCUGGGCAUACGCAGUGGUGGCAGCGGUGGAGGCAGCCCACAGGAUCGCGAGCAACUGGGCGCAGCCCCCCGUACUGUCGGUGGAGCAUCUGCGCCUCGCCCUCUCCUCCAACUGCGACGGUGGCUCGCCCACCAAGGCGCUGCAGUUCCUCCUCAACGCCACUGCCCAGGGCAAGGGGCUGCUGGAGGACGCAGUGUACUCGCAAGGCCCCCCUCUCAAGGGGAGAUCGCUGGUUAGUGAGCGGCUGCUGGUUGGGUGCAGCAAGUACUAUGGCAUCCAUACGAUGUUUUGUAAGCCAUCUCUCAGUAUUCCACCACCCUGCCUACAGGCGAGCACCAAGUACUAUGGCAUCCGCGACAUCGAGUGCGCGGGGUUCUACGGGUGGUUUGGGCUUAUGCUGGCAGUGCAGCGGCAGCCUGUCAUAGUGCACAUCGAGGCGUCCGCACCCUCCUUCCAAGACUACGAUGGGGUAAGGCACCCUCCUUCUAAGACUACGAUGGGGUAA